UGACAUUUUCAUUGUGGUGUCUCUUAUUCAAAGGUGGUUGCAAAUGUUUCCCAAAAUACUCUAAUUCAUGAUUGCACCACUAAAAUGUCCAUCACUGCAUUAUCUGUAAUAUUAAACAUUAAAUCACCCUGCACAGCUUUCCUUGACCCUCAGUUUUGUGGUAAUCUCAUCAGUAAAUUUCUAAAGCAAUUUAUGUUUGCGGUUUUGACUUCUAAUAGUUUGACUUAUUAAUAAAUAUAUUAGAGAAUACAAUUUCUCUGCAGGUUUUAAACCACCGCCCUCAUCCUACUUGUGCUGUUUUCACUUCCAUCACUUCAUUUGCAGAAGCAUUUGAGAAACGUUGAUCACUGAGAUCUCAUCCAUUACAGCAGACCAAUCUAUCUGCAUGUUCAGACAUUUAGCAAGAUGAGAGGAUACUUACUUGGAGUACUUGUACUUCUGAAAUACUGCAUUUGUGGUGAUGUGGUGGAUUUUGAUGGAGACAUCAAAGACUUUGUAGUUGGUAACGGUAAGCUGUUUGUUCUUACUGAAAAUCGACUGCAUCAGAUGAGACACGAUCUUUCUGAAGAGAAGAAGAAGGACAUCAAUAAUAGCACUCAUCCAGUCAACAUUCUGGUGCCUUUUGACGACAACGGCACCCUGAUUACAUGUGGGACUUAUGAAGAUGGAUACUGUGAAGUUCUUGAUAUAAAUGACAUUACAAACAGUAUUUACUAUGAAAGUAAAUUAUUUUUGGGACCGAAAGAGACUGAGAAAUCUGUAGCGUUUAUUGCAGGUGCAAGCAGCAGUAAAUACCUUUUGAUUGGGAAAAAGCUCGACCAAUCAACAUCUCAAAGUCCCGUUGUUACAUUGCGAAACACUGUACAGACUCAAUUUGGUGGUAUAUUAUCUUAUUCUGAGGAAGGAUCAGAUCCUGCCAUUCAGAGCACUGCAAGAGAUGUGGAGUUUGUUGAUGGAUUCCAGAGAGAUUCAUCCUCAGAUUUGUACUUAUUUCUCAACACAGAGACUGACUCUGAGAGGAAAGUUCACGUUCUGUGGAUGGACGGCUCUAAAAGUAAAAAGAGUGAAAUCUUCAAAUCUCUUCAGUCUGCAGUGAUAAAGUGCUGCAGUGAUAAAGCUCGUCCAGUGCUGGUCUCCUCUGCUGUUAUUCCCUCAGAGAAGGCUGUUAUUUGGGCAGGAGUGUUCAGUGCACAGGAUCAGCAGGACCCGGAGAACACUGCACUGGCUCUCUACAACAUCAGCAGCAUUCAAGGCAGAGUCAAAGAGUUCUGCACUCUGGGAGAAAAGAUGUGUGGUUCUGAGAGUGCUAGUGAUCUUCAGCUGCUCUCUGUGGUGUUCAAGUCCAGCUCAUUGUCAUCAGUAGCUGCAGUUAGAAAUGGAUCCUGGAUUGUGCUGUUCAUGGGAACCAGUGAUGGUCAACUGAUAAAGCUGAUUUUGGAUGAAAAUUACACACCAGGCUGUCCAUCAGUGCUGUACAAAUCAGAUGAUGAGCGAGCAGUGUUUCCCAGAAUGCACUUUGAUCCAGUAGAUUUCAAACACAUCUACAUCGCUCUGAGGAAUCAGUUAAGAAGAGUGUCUGUGGUUCCCUGUGCUGAAUACAAGCCUCUGAAGGACUGCAGAUCUGCUCUGGAUCCUCUUUGCGGCAAGAGUUCGAACACACAGAAUUACGCCACACUUGUGACAUUUCACACACGAUCUCUGCUCUUUGUUGUAUCUGCACGAUAUGUCUUAUUGUAGAGCUGUGUGUGUGUGUGUGUGUGUGUGUGUGUGUGUUUCUUCUAGACAUUCUAGCUCUCAAGGUAAAUGUUCAAAUUAAAUAAAUAUCAUGUGUGAUCAACCAGCAGGUGGUGUUAAACACCUUUUUAAUAUAGACUGUAUAAACAACAAUCCACUUAGUUCUAACAGCUGACUGAUUUUCUAUUUGGUACAACAGCACAAUUAUUCGUAGGAGCAUGCUUCUAAUGUAUCAUGGCUAAUUCCAUUUUAUUACUUGAUUAUCUGCUAUGCUGAUUAUCUACUAUACAUGCUAUCACUGUUUAUGCUUACUAGAAUCAUGGCAAAUAAAUGAAAUCCACAAAAAAAAAAGUCUCGUCUGGUUUAAAUGAAUAGGCACACAUACUGUAAGCACACAGAUACAUAAAAACAGAAGCAUCCCACAGCCAAAUACAUACAUUUAAAUUCAAUAGCAAUAAAAUUCAAUGCCUAAGAUGAAACUGGUAUGGCCCAAAACUGAUUUCUGCAAAUGUAAGUGUACUGCAUAUUUCACCAUGUAUACUUUAUGAAAUGUUGUCGAAGCUGCAGCUACAUUUUAUUUCUAUAAUGUAUUCAGUUGAUUUAACAACUACGAAGAUAAGUAAUUGACUAAUUGUUGAUUAUUCUACUUAUUAACCAAUUAUUCAGCUUUUUGGAAUUGGUUAAUAUUUUUAGUUGUGUAAUACUUUAAAGCUGCUUAAAGCAGUCAAUUGUGUACCAUAAAAUUUUAUUGAUAUUCUUUUGAUGUAAUGUUUUUUUUUGUUUUUGUUGUUGUUAUUUUGUCAUUGACAGGAAAUAUUGAAGCACAUAUCAACAUAUUCAUCUAAUAAUCGCCUUCAUAACACUGUGAACAUUAUCUGGAUGUUUCCUAAUAGGAAACCAUUGGAUGUAUCAAACUUCUUUUCACCCAUUUGCAAUGACAAAAACUGUGAUGUGGGCCUUUAUACUCCUUUUUGCACUCAGGCUUAUUCUAAUAAUUACACUUGCAGUCUCUGCACCUGACAGCUUGUUUACUGACACAGUAUAUUUCCUGUUUUGGGCUGUAGUAAGUGUGGAGAAUGCAUGUGUGUGUGUGCAACUUUUGAUUAACCAAUUGGAUAUACAACAGUGUUUUAUCUGAGCUUUAAUUACACAUUUUGUACAUUUAAUACUUCACACUUUAAAAUAAACCUCACUUUUUUUUUUUGCACAAUAGGUCUAUUUCACAAAUAUGGCAAUUGAGACCGGAAUAGGGAAGUGUUGUUUCCUGUUGCCCAGCCACUGCUAUGACUGCCAUUUAUUACAAUA